AUGAGCCCAACACAGAAACAGCUGCUCUUUGCCGCUGACGCACUCUUCCUCGAUCUCGCUGCCAAUGCCUCUACCAAGAUCCUCCUGUCCCAUUUCUCCUCCACCAAUGAGCUGGUCAUCCAGCACGCCCCCAUUUCCUGCCCGCUUCCCCAAGAUUCACGACUGACCGGCCUAAACGCCGUCCGCUCUUAUUUCGACCUCAUCUCCGUACAUUGGGAGCGCAAGGACCUCUGUCUCGACUCCCAGAACGCGAUCACCCACCCGACGAAGACGGUAACGGUGCAUGGCAGUGUGGGCUGGACAUGGCGGCUGAGCAGGCGGGAGUGGACGGAGAAGUUCACGUGCACACUCGAGUACGACGACAACUUGAAGGUCGUGGGCAUGGUCGUCGAGACAACCAGCCCCCCUGCGACGUGUGUCAUGCGCGCAGUCGACAUGGACUCGAAGGCUCCAUUGGCCCCGUUGCGGGCGCGCCUCCCGCUCGACAUGUUCAGCAGUCCUGUGAGUGUCUCAGUCUCCACUGGAGCUCCUACUAAAGUCAAUUUGUAG